AUGCAACAAAAUCACCACCCAUAUGGGCAACACCACCCUCUGCCCGUGCAGCCUCCUCAGAGACGGCAUGAUGGUUCAUAUGCUCCUGUUCUGCCUCCUAUGAGACCUCUCCCGGGGUAUCAGCAGUUCUACCCGCAGCAGAUGGGGCCUAUGAUCCCUCAGUAUCCUCAACAAUACGCCCCCAACUGGUAUGGCUAUCCGCAACACCCUAUGCAUCCUAUGCAUGCGAAUCGAGCGCCAUAUUAUCCUCAGCAUCCGAUCCCUGCCCAUCAAUAUGGUCCGCCUCAUACACCUUUGAUGGUAUCGCCACAGCAGCACACCCAGGCUUCUCCUCGGCCUCUACACAUCCCAGGCGCAAUUCCCGCACAACAGCCGCCGAGUUCUGCGUCGACUGCGUCCGCCACAAUGGUGCAGGCGCCCCCCUCUCCACCUCUUAGUACUACAAGCACAGUGAACACAAGAAAGACACCUGUCUCGCCCUCAAUAUCACCCGCACCAGAAAGAAUCCAAAGUCCUCUUGUUGAGACACCGCGGGAGCCAUUCCAUCCACCGGUCCCAUGGCUGUCUUUUGAAGAUGGAGCUUUCCCUCCGCGGGCACCCCGCCAGAAACGACGCAUCCUUCGUUCAAUGCUUGCCACAGAACCGGUUGUCUAUCCUGCCGUUGAGCGACCGUCUGAAGAUGCUCUUGACCAGGAGAUAUCACAAGCAGCACCUGUCGCUGAAGAGAAGGGUGCUGAACCAGUCGAACAGGCAACUACACAAUCCUCAACACCGUUGCCAUCAGAUGUACCCUCUGAUGCUGCCUCCACCCAGCCCACCACUCCCUUGUCCGCCGUCCCUGCUUCAUCAAGCACUUCUCAACAGACGCCUACCCAACCCAAAGUACGACCAGUAGCUCCUGUGCUACCAGCAGUGCCAAUUCUUCCUCCUAGUCCUUCAGCAGCACGCCGAACACACCGUGAUUCUACUGUUUCAACCCAAUCCAAGACAUCACAGCCGGUACAAGCGUCCGCAGAGCAAACCCAGCUCCAGACUACCACUAGUGGAACAAGCGACACCAAAUCAGUUGCUGAACAAACUGAUCCAAAUGUCGCGCGACCUCCAGCACCGAAGUCCUGGGCAAACCUCUUCCGCUCUAAUGAACCGCAGACUGUGUCAGCGAACACGACUACUUCUAACCCAGCCUCCUCUGUCUCUGGAGCAGGAAAGAUUGAAGCUCUCUCUGAUGUGCUCAACGACAUUAACUCUGUUGCUGACGCACCGAGCAAGAUCUCCUUCUUGAAACCCCGUGGCCUGGUGAACACUGGAAACAUGUGUUACAUGAACUCUGUGCUGCAACUUCUUGUUUUCUGCAUGCCUUUCUAUGACUUCCUGGCAAAAGUGGCCCAGCGAGCCACACAUGCCUUUAAAAGUGAUACGCCUUUGAUUGAUGCCAUGAUCUUGUUUAUUCAAGAAUACCCCGUCAUCUGCUCGGCCCCUUCUGUCGAGCAACUGCGGUUGCGAUUGAAAGCCGAAGAUUACGAAAACUAUGGGGACUCAUUCAUUCCUGAAUAUGUUUACGCCGCCAUCAAGGAUCUCCCGCGGUUCCGGGAAAUGCGCCGGGGCCAUCAACAGGACGCCCAGGAAUUUCUUGGGUUCUUGUUGGAAGAAUUGCACGAGGAAUGUGCUCGUGUCAUGAGGUCCACCACCUCGUCAAGCUCUGGCAGAACAACUCCCGCCGGCAGUGUCUCGAAUGCCUCGGAGCAUGCUGAGGGCGACAGCGGUUGGAUGGAGGUGGGACACAAGCAGAAGCCUGCCAUCACCCGGUCAUCUGGGGCUACCUCAAGCGAUUCGCCAGUGCUCAAUAUCUUCGGGGGCAAACUUCGAUCCGAGCUCAAGGUCUCUGGCAACAAGAUGUCGGUCACACUGGAGCCCUACUCCCCUUUGCAGCUAGAUAUCGGUUCACCUCAAGUGCACAACAUCAUUGAUGCUCUCAAGGGACUGACUCGUCCCGAAACCAUGCAAGGAGACUUCUACACACCAAGGGGACAAAAGGCGACUGCGACGAAACAGAUCUUCAUCGAAACCCUUCCUCCAGUAUUGAUUCUCCAUCUCAAGCGAUUCCACUACGACAACACCACAAAACGCGUGGAGAAGAUUUGGAAGAAGAUUGGGUAUCCCCUUGAGCUGGAAAUUCCCCGGGAAGUGUUCCCUACGCAAGCCCGGAACAAAUUCAUUGCUCAUGGUGGAUUGCCCAAAUACAAGCUGACCGGGGUGAUCUAUCAUCAUGGUAAGAACGCUAAUGGCGGGCAUUACACUGUUGAUAUUCGUCGUCAAGAUGGCCGCGAGUGGAUCCGCAUGGAUGACACGUUGCUGCGACGUAUUCGCGCCGAGGAUGUUGCUGAGGGUGGCAGUGAGGAAGAUCCGAAAGUUCUUGCCGCAGCUUUGGAACGACAUGACGCUGGUGGUAAUCGGUUCGAACAGAUCGAAGGAGACGAAGAGGAUGAGGAGGCUGCGGACAAGGUCUGGAGUCAAGUUAACGGUCAUUCGAGGACCAAGUCGACCAUGAGUGCCGUGGUUAAUGGUGCUGGCACGCCCGCCAAAGACUCGUCUGGGAAGCAAACUCCGAACCCGAGAUAUGCCGUCAAGGACAACAAGGUUGCUUAUCUGUUGUUCUACGAACGCAUCUCGAAUUGA